CAUUUCUGUAGUGUUAAUUGUUUUCACAUAUUAUUCUUUAUCUUAGAUCUCCUGUAGUUGGUAAUUGCAAUACUGGUACAUGUAUACCAGUAUUGUCCACAAUACUGAUAUACAAAUUUUGUACCAGUAUUGUAACUUUUUUUAGGUAGAUUAGUACCAUUGUCACUACCAUAUAUAUGGGCAAUACAAUUUUUAACAGAUAUAUCUUCUGGUACAAACACUUAUACAUUUUUGUACUAGGCAAGCACUUUGACAGUUAGAGAGCUGUACAGGUGCUAUCUGAAAAAGUUUUUAAUCUAGUAAGAGAAAGUACACAAAGACUGAAUACCUAAAUAUCAAUAUAGGAAGUGUGGAGGGAGGAUUUGCAGAAAUACCAUCUUAAUAACAUAUACUAUAGACACUAAAAUAUACUACUAAGACCUGAAAAGAUAUAGUUAAAAGAAAACAUAGAAGAAAGUAAAGAGUUUGUUUAAAUGCUGAGACAGCAUAGUUCCCUUAAGCAAUGUUAAGGAAAAAACAUCAGAAAAUUCAAAACUUUCUUUAUGACAAUCACAGUGUUGCAUCAAUGGCAUCAUCAGUUAAACAUACAAUUAUUCCUUAUUCAAUUGUCAUGUCAUAUGUUAAUUUCAUUAUGCAUAUAUAUGUGACACCUUUGAUAUCUUUAAAACACUGGCUAUUAUGUAAUCACUUGAAUUACUAUUAUCUACAAAUGAUAUUUUCUGCCCUUUAUGUCCACCCACCCCAUUAUUUUUUUCUUCUUUAAAUCCUAUCCACAUCCUCAUUUAUAGUUUAUAGGGAUAUAAGCCUUAUUAUAACAAACUUACCACUUAAUAGGAACUAUGGCUGUGUUGACAUCUAAAAUAAUACUCAGAAUUAACUGAGCAGAGGAAAACAUCUUGACUCUUGAGGCCUUUAUUUCUAAUUGCUUUAAUUAUCUUAAUUUACUCUUAAACUUGACACAAUGACCAAUGAUAUGAUUUGUUGCAUUUAUAAAAAUAAAGAUUCUACUACUGCACUAAGUUUGAAAAUUAAGAUUAAAACAAAUUGCAUCUAUAGUAUUCUAAUAGUGGUUAGAAAAACAGCAACUUCUUCUUCUUCGGCUUCGGAUUCGGAUUCGGAAUGUGUAAAAGAGUCGCUUAAGCUUGUAAAAUAUUUUUUUAUGGAUGACCUUAUCAUGCUGAUAUUAGAAAUAUUAUUUAUAUAAUUUGAUAACCAUAUUUUCUUUAUAAUUAUGUAAUAUUCUUUUCAUUGAUAAAACCAGUAACAAAUAAAAUUGAGAAAGGAAAUGAGGAAUGUGUCAAAGCGACAACAACCCGUCCAUAAAGCAGACAACAGCCAAAGGCCACCAAUGGGUCUUCAAUGUAUCAAGAAACUCCUGCAACCAGAGGUGUCUUUCAGCUGGCCCCUUAAUAAAUAUGUAUACUAGUUCAGUGAUAAUGAACAUCAUACUAAACUCUGAAUUAUAUACAAGAAACUAAAAUUAAAAAUCAUACAAGACUAACAAAGGCCAGAGGCUCCUGACUUGGGACAGGCGCAAAAUUGCAGCAGGUUUAACAUGUUUAUGAGAUCUGAACCGUCUCCCUAUUCCUCUAGCCAAUGUAGAUAAGUGAACAAAUGCUUGUUUAAUAGCAUUACUUUCAGGUUCCUUUGACACAAGGUUUCACCUCGAUAUGAAAUGUAUUCAAUAUAAACAUGAUAAAGUUAAUACUAAAACCACUCACAGUGUAAAUAUUUUUCAGAAAACAAACUUAUCAGAGGAGACCAAGGAUAUUUUGAAGGAGCUGUUUGCCCAAGGCAUGGACUCCAAAGGUAUAACAAGCAGUGCGCUGCACAACAAGGCUGUUGAAAGAACAGGACUGCCGUUACAGGUUAUCAAGGACUGGAUUGGCAAUUAUAAAAAAGUCGUGGAGGGAAGGAAAUAUGAAGCACAGCCACGGACAUUAUACCUCAAAGGAAUGACUGGGUAUAAUUGUUUUGUUAGAGAGAAAAAAGGUAAACUGCAUACAUGUAUGUUAAUAUAUAUAGCCUAUCGUUAUUUUAACUGGGGCUAAAAUGGCAAGAGGUUAAUCUAAAGGAAGUA